CGUUUUCUAAGUUUAAUUGCGCGUUUUUAUUGAACUUUUUCGCAUAUUAUGGUGCAUUGUGUAUGUAAAUAACUGUUUAUUGUGGUUUUUCGAGAUUCCAUCGGAUAAAUUGUCCAGAUGGCAUAUUAUGGAGGCGUGUUAUGGCAGAAAUUCAUCCUAGCACAAACAGUGAGCAGUCAGUAGAGCAAAAUUCAAGCAAUUUUGUAAGUAAAAUUGAAAACGACUGUGAUUCCUGCUCUGAAGAGGUAACAGAAGAACACAGUCUAAGUACAGAUACAAAUAAUCUUCAAAUUGAAGAGUCCGGUAAAAAAAAACCUAGGGGCAUCUCGUCGGUCACUCUCCGAUCGACCAAUAAAAACAAAGACAAUCAACAUCUACCUAAUGUCGGGAGAACGGGAAUAUCUCCCAAUACACAUUCCAUCAUGAAAACUAAGCAAACUAAAGAUGAACAGGACAAGAGUAUUGAUGAGGAAACAGUGAUAGAACCUAAGACGAGGGCCCGCAAAAAGGCAUCUGACCCAACUGAGGAUGACAAAACCAAGCUUGGCCAAGAUGAGCCUAAAACGUCCAAAGAAACCAAGAAACCUGUAAAUAAACCAAAAGCAAUAAUUAAGAAGAGGCCACUCGGCAUCAGAAAGACUUUAAGGAGUAAAAAAGUCCUAGGGACUAAAGAAAAAGUCAAGAAAAUUAUUAAAAGAACAAUCACUCGAGGUAGAAAAGCCACAGCGGCUGUUAAACUAGAACCUGAAAAUUCUCAAGAUAAAGAAGCCGUCCCGCUGAUCCCAGCAUCAGAAAUUAAAAAGGAACCUCUGGACGACAUCACUCCUGGUUCUAGAUCCUCAAGUCCGAAAACAGCAGGCAGGAGACAGAGACUUAGCUCAGAUUUGGCCAUGAUGAAAACAAUGCUGAGUGACACUCCUAACAGCUUAGCCCUCGGGCCUCGCACUAGUCCAUACUCAAUGCGCUCUGAACGAAGCAAUAGCCCUUCAGUCUUUGAAGGCAAGAACCUGCGAAGUGGGAAGCCUAGAAAAGUCAAAAGCAAUCUUUUAAAUGAGGUUGUCAUGAAGGAACAGAAGAAACGACGGAGAUUGCUCUCAGAUUCCAAAGCCUCCGACUCAGCUGAUGUAAGUGAUGAAUGCAUGAAGCUAAAAAGGGGACGGUCCUGCUCCCGAGACGGGAGUGAGAUCUCUAAAUGCUCAGACAAUACUGAAUCAGACAUGAGCCUCAGUGAGCCACUGAAUGAUACAGACGGUGGCAAGGAGCUCAGCAAAAAACUAGAUAAAUCUAAGACUGACCUAGAUAUAGAUAUUGAAAGUAAUGUACAGAUCUCGACUAUUGAAAAAGUGCCUUCCGUUAAUGUUGAAAAAAUUAAUGAUGUUAAACUUGAUGCAGAAACUAGUUGCAUCUCUAAUCAAAAGAAAAAAAAGAAGUUGUGCUUAAAAAGGAGUACAUCUCUAGAUUCUGACAACAACAAUAGUAAUAGGUUAAAUUUAGAUGGUUUAAAUGCAUCAGAAAUAGAAGAUAAACUUCUGAUGAAGACUGAAAACAUUACGCUUUUGGAGGCCCGUAGUAGUAUAUUGAAUAGUAUGUCCAAGACUUUAAACUCAAAGGAAAUCACAAAGAACAUUAAGAGGGCAAGGAGAGGGAGAAAAGCAGCCGCCGCUUCAAGGCCAGACCCCAACAAGAACUGCAUCACGAGCACAGUGACCAACAACACUGAAGAUAAGCAAGAGACCCUUGAGUCUCUCUCCAAAGAGAUAGAUGACCUCAUCAAUAAUCUGGAUGAGAACAUAGGCCAGGAUCACGAAGCCGCUCCUGCCGUUGAGACACCAGCAGACGGGAUGCAGGUUAAGCCCGCAUCGUCCUUCUACGGUCUCAAUAAGACGGCUAGUGCUGAAGAAAAUACCAAUAAAGCUCCUGAAACUCCGGUCAAGAACGAUCUUCUGACUUCACUGACUAAUGAGAACACGCCGUCGAAGAUCGACGACAGCGAAACCAUCAGACUGCAUUAUGAAGAGGAUCCAGUUGAAAAACCAGAGAACAGCAGACACGAAAUUACAUACAAAACAUUUGCCAGCAUAGACAAACUAAUGGACAGACUGAAGGAAUUUGAAGAGUUCGAUAAGAGAAGGCAGAGGCUCGAGUCAGAAUCGAAAUCUAGCGAUUCCAAGCCCGUGAUGGUGACUAGCGAUGUAGUCCUGAUACCUAAAUCCGGGGUCGACAUGAAGCCCCUAAAAGACAUUCAGUCAGUGAGAUCCCCUGAAAAAACAUUUGAAAAAGAAAACGUAUUGAGCUGCUUCGAAAAUAAUUCGGCCAUUUCAAUAGUAAAACGAGAUCAAGUUCGGAAAUCUAUUGACGUCGACCUUCCGAACUCGGUCACCCUCAUCAAGAGGAACAGCGUGAGCGCGCGGAAGGAAUCGACCAGCUCUAACCAUUCUAAAGAAUCGGAUGCUAUCAGUAUAUUUGAGAAGUCAUUAGGCAAAGAUGUAACUUUGACUGAACUUAGAAAAUCUGUCGAGAAGCCAGCGCCCGCACAAGUGGACCUGCAUCAGUUCGCGACCCUGCACGCCAACACGGCGGGUCUGGUCGGCGGAGUUGUGCUCGAUUCCACUCAGAUCUCCAUAACUCCUCGCGUGCUCGACAUUAAACACAGCAGCGACCUACAGAAACAACAGAAGCGUAAACCUACCGAAAGCUUGCCUUUGAAGUCCGCGGAGCCUAAUGACGAUGAUAAGAUGGCUACGAUUGAGAGAAUCAAGGCAACGCCUGUUGUUAAUGUUACGCCUGCAGUGUCCAUCUCGUCCACUCCGGUCGCCAUUAAAUCCCCUGAGAGCACCCCCAUGGAGACGGAAGCCUGUCCUCCUCCAUUGGCGAACAUCAAGACUACACCAGAUGAUACAACUUUGACUUCUGAAGUCUCAAAGCUCGAUAGCGUCGUCGACGUCGCGAAAGUCGAUAUACCGAUAGUCGAAACUGUAACCGAAGCAGCAGUUCCCGUAACGAGUGACGACAAAAGUGACGCUGACGUGAAACCAGAAGUUUCCACCGAGGUCAAAGCUGACGUAGUCACUGACACUGACAUCAAAACGCCAGCAGUUGGUAAAACGACGCGAGUGUCUACAGAGUCCGAAGCUGGUCCUAGUAACAUUAGUCAAGAGGCUGAAACUAAAAAACGCAAAGAAUACGCGUUGAGGAAGGGCUCGAAGGAAAACGAGCAGUUGGAGGCGGCUGAUGCUGAACUGGAGACCGAGGAGAUCAAAGCAGACGCAACGAAACCUAAAGAGUACGCGUUGAGAAACUGCACCAACGACGCGAAAGCUGAUCCCAUCGAUGAACCAAAGCCCGCGCUCAACACACCCGCCAAGCUCGACUGUCAACCUGGGCCGAGCAACGUCUUCAACGAGACCCCGGAGACGAAGAGACACAAAGAAUACGUUCUAAGGACGCUCGGCCUCCUCACCCACAAAGCGGCCAAGGAAGCCAAGAUCGAGAAGCUGAGGGAGAAGGAACGCAUCUACGGAACCAGCUUCGGCGGCCUCGUGCAUAAAAGCAAGUCCGCCAAAUCCGGAGACUACACCGGAACCCUGAAGACUGUGAUAAAACUGAACCGAGGGUCCGGCGAGCGGGAGAAGAAGAAGCAGAGGAGCUCGCUGAAGAUGACCUUCCAGAAGAGCAAGUACAGGACCGGGAAACCAGCGCCGGAGGUCGGGGACGCGGCCGCCGAAGACGACGCGUAUUACACCAUCGAGAGACGCGAGGGCAUCCCGGGCGCAGUCAUUGAUGGUGGGCACAGAAAGUCACAUUACAGUAAUCGUCUUAACAACCAUGAUGCAGAAGCGAUACCCGAGCCUGCAGAGCCAAAGGAAACUCUGAAUCUGGUGAUACCGGAGAAGGCGUCCUCGUUUAGCAUCCACCCUGGUCGUCUGUGCCAGGACCAGUGCUUCUACUGCGGCGGCAAGUUUGGACUGUUCGAUACGCCCUGUCAUAUCGCGCAAAUCAAGAGCUCCGAUCGACAGAAGAAAAUAUUGGACAAUGAAGAGAAGCUGACGAUAGACAGCUGUCUAUGCGACGCUUGCUACAGGCACGUCGACCGGCGAGCCAACUGCCCCUCGUAUCGUAAGCGACCCCCCGGGAAGCAGCUCGAUACGAACCCCUUACCAUCGCCCAAUAACACACAAUCUGAGAAGCCGGUGAGCCCCCCUUUAGACGAGGAGUCGGAUGAGGAGAGCUCAGGGCUCGGAGCCGGGCGGGAGGCGCUGUGCCACACGGAGGGGUGCGCGGCGCCCGCGGACCACUCCAUACGGAGGAAGUGGCUCAUCAAAAUGAGGAGCAGUGUCAACAAAGUGCUGAAGCUGAAGUGCGACUACCCGGGGCUGCACACCAUCCCGCUGUGCGGCGAGCACCACCGCGCGCUGGCGCCGCUCAUGGCGUGCGCGCUGUGCCGCCGCAGGAUCACCAAGCACCACAACGUGCACUUCAUACACCACGGCUUCCAGGAGUUGAAUCCGAUCCUGCGCGAGUCCGGGAUCCCCGUGCAGUUCCUGGAGCGGCCACUGCUGUGCAAGGCGUGCCGCUACUACUGCUCGCUGCUGCAGCGCCCCGCGCACGACCAGCACUACGUCAACACCUACAGGCGGAAAUUACUUCUAAGUUAUAACAUAGAGCCACCUCCGGGGUCUGACCACGAGGGCGACGACUCCACUUCCCAGGACGACAAUGCCAAGAAGAAGAAGCAGCGCGUCAAAUCAAAGCAGAGGAAGUCCACUGAUCCCGAACAGACCAGCGAGUCUUCUGAGCGAACUAAUGACAGCACUCCGGAGAAAGACAAGAUCUCACAGGAACUCGACUCCAAGGACGUAAGGGACGAGGAAGACAUCGAAAGUCUAAUAUCAUCUAACAAGAUCCCCGUGCCAGGAGCCAAGCCAACCGAACCCAGCAGUGACUGUUCAGAAACUGAAAACAUGGAUUUCGAACCCACGUUAAUACACAUAGACAAACAAACAGAACUACAGUACCUUCUACAAAAGCAAAACAAUCCAGGCCCCUACUUGAAGACAGUUAAAAUGUUGGAAAUGUCCAAGGGCUUAAUGAAUGUGUUCUCUGGAAUACAGAAGCCGGGAUUGCAGCACAGGGUUCACAGUAAAAACGCUAAACGCAUCCACAAGGUGGGGCAGGCCGUUCUGCAGAAGGAAAGGAUGCGCAGAGAUGAGCUGCAAGAGGAGAAGUCAGUUGAGGGGAUCCCCAUCCUCAAGAAUAUUAAUUUGAAUGACGAGUGUACCAUAGAAACGAUACCCAACAAGCGGCCCGCCGACAUCAACACGCUCAAAAACAAGUGGCAAAUGUCGGAGAGCUUCACGCAGGUCAAGAAAAACUUAAGCGAGCUAUCCAAGAAGCUGACCGUCGAGAAGGACCCUAAAAAAUCUGAUGCCAAAUAUUCGAACCCGGUCAAAAGGUUGGAGACAAAUCCUUCUAUUUCGGUUCGCGAACUGUUCCCCGGAGAGGAGGAAAUGAAUUUACAGUGCAAUAUAGAGUUUAACAAUGUCAAGGGGGUCACUCCCGAGGGCUGGGAGAAGUGUAACACCACCAUACAGUACGACGUGGAGACCAAGAAGCUGUGGACCGAGCUGCAGAGGCCGUACGGGAAUCAAUCCAGCUUCCUUCGCCACUUGAUUCUGUUAGAGAAAUAUUUCCGAAGUGGUGACUUAGUUUUGGCUCACAACGCCUCGUCCAAUGCGUCCAACUACAGUGACUCCGUGCAGAGCCGCCUACGGGCCUACGACCACGUGGCCAGCGACCCACCUGCGCGCAGCGAGGCUCCGGUCAGUCUGCUAGAGUACCGGAAAAUCCCCUCGUUGAAAGGGAAAAGUUUAUUGAAAUCUAAUCAAACUGACGCAGAGAGUGAUCCAAAAAUAACCAUGCCUCCCCCGAUGCAACCCAAACAGAAAAGCUCUAAAGAGAAAAGUAAAAGCAAACCUUUGCCUCCGGAGCUGAUAGCCAUAAACACUCCCAACGCUCAAGGAAGGAAGGCCAUACAGAAUGUGAUACAUAACAUUCAGCAGCUGGUGAAGGGUGUCAGUGCGUCGGACCCCACGGAGGUGGCCAGUGCACCGCUGCCGGCCAAGUUUGAACCUCCUAAAGAGAAAAAAGACACUCCGAAGAUGGAGACACCUAAGAAACCAAAGCCAGCCAGCAAACCGUGGAGACCCACACUCAUGCCCAUUACUCCGGAGAACUUGGCGCGGAUAGCCCGUGAACCGACGCAAGUGGCGGUCGACGGGCGCCACCUGUCCAGCCUCGUGCAAGUCAUGUCUUCCGGGAAGCGGUACCACAUCACGCUGCAGGACUACAACAAAAUGUGCAUCAUGAGACGAGAGAAACUCCAGCAGCUACAGGACGGAGAGAGGAAGAGAUCGUCGAUCGAGGAGACGACCCUCGUCACCGAGAUCCAGCCCUCGCAGAUGCUCGGCAACGGAGGCACGCUCCUGCAGAACAUAUCCGGGGAAGACAAGGACAAAAAGGACGAGACUCCGCAGAUCGGGAACGCCGCUAGUAUCUUGAAGAAUGUUGGUCUGAAGAAUAUAACGAUAGCGCCCAUCAACAGCAAGUGCGGCGCGGGCCCGGCGCUGCCGCGGCUGCCGCCCUCGCUCACCGUCACGCCCGCCACCGACCACGCGCUCCGCCUCUAGCGACCGCUCCGCGUGUCUGAGUUUCGUUAAGGACGUUUUGUGCAAACGGUACGUUGUGUAGUGCGGCGGACGAUACUACCAGCAAAUAUAUAUAUUUAAUAAAUUAAAUUAAUGGUUUGAUUGUCGUCAGGAACAGCGGAGGUAGAGCCCCGGGGCACGCAAACACCGCGCCCGGGACUCUGCCCCCGCUAAUUUACUCGCCGUAAUGCGAGAGCUUAGAAUACCGAUUUUUGUCGACGACACUGUAUUCGUUCGAUAAAACUCAAUAAAACAGUCCUUUAAAACAAUAUUAAAUUAAAAGAGAAAACGCGAUUCAAAAAUGCAUUUAUAAGUUAUAUUUACGAAACAUCGUAGCGUUUGCAAAAAACUAAAUCGGUGUAUAUAGACGAUAUUUAACUGCGUUAUUUUAAUAUGAAAAAGUUAAGUGACCGUUUCGUUAUUAUUUUUUCACUGUCAUUAUAUUUAUGAUACAUCAUGGAAUCAUUUUAAAAAUUAAAGA